CUGAACUGCCUACAUCGCAAAGACAGCAACAGCACCGGAAAAAGUCUUUCGCCAGCGCAGGAACCUCCCUUAGCUCCAUCGCAGAGCGCUGGCAUGGGAGACCGGCCAAGUCGAGUCCCGAGAAACACCGAUCGAAAGCCGAACCUGCCCGAGAAGCCCUCAACACAUUCGCCAUGCCGACCACAGAAAUCAUCACCAUCAUCAAUAACUCGGGGAAGGUCAUCAGCACGGGCAAGCAGCUAGUCAACAUCUUCAAGGAAGCCCAAGCGGCCUACCGGGACAGAAAAGAGGCCAUCAAGGCCGAACGUGCGGGGAUCCGGCGGGCUAAGACCUUCGAUGUGGCACGGAGCCGAGACCCAUACUACGACGACCACUACGAGCACCACGAGCACUACGAGCGACACGAUGGCAGAUACGCUGACGAGGUGGACCAUGUGCACGAGCGCCGCCGCAGGUCGUACGACGACGGCAGCGACAGCCGCUCACACGCCUCCUCCCGCUACAGCCGCUACACACGGCGCUCCCACCGGCCACGGUCGUCGGAACGCCGCCGCUUGCCAGCGCUGACCGAGGGUAAUCUCAAGGCACACUCCGAGGUAUCGGCCACAUCGCCGUCCAAGGCCUACCGGUCCCCGUAUGCCGAGACGGCUCCCCGGGACAUGCAGCUUUCCCGGCCGACACUCGCCAUUGGACCCCCACCGCAAGCACCGGCUGCACCUCCGGCCCCGGUUGCACCCGGCCCUGUGGCCGCGGCAUCCGACCGCCAGCAGCUCGCCAGGAAGAAGUCCAUCGACAUGAACCUCGCCUACGGCGAUAUCCCGCCCGACCUGGCCACGCGUGUGGACCUUGACCCACCUCCCAAAGACGACGGCGCGUCGGAGGUCGAAGACCCGCAAGAGAAGCAAGCGCUCACCCUGAUGGACCGCAUCGAGGGCUUCCUGGAGGAGGCGCAAUGCGUGCACGACACGGCGAGCUCCAUGAUCGAGAGCCUGCAGCGCAAUCCGGAGGCGGCGGCGGCGGUGGCACUGUCGCUGGCCGAGCUGAGCGCGCUGCUGGGCAAGAUGAGCCCGGCCUUCCUGGCCUUCCUCAAGGGCGGCAGCCCGGCCGUGUUCGCGCUGCUGGCCAGCCCGCAGUUCCUGAUCGGCGCGGGCGUCGCCGUCGGCGUCACCGUGGUCAUGUUUGGCGGGUGGAAGAUCGUCAAGCGCAUCAAGGACGCGGCGCCCGCGGCGAAGGUGCCCGAGGCGCCGUUCGAGAUGCGCCCCGCUGCCACUGCCGCUGCCCCUGACGCUGUCGGGGAGAAGACGCCGCAGCAGCCGGCCAGCGCGGCGAGCUACGACGAAGCGCUGGUGCUGCAGGACGUCAACGAGGAGCUGAGCACCAUCGAGACGUGGCGCCGGGGGAUCGUGCCGUUUGGCGCCGACGAGGCAGCCGACGUCGAGCUGAUGAGCCGCGAGGCGGAGCGCGCCCUGCGCGAGAUGUGCGACAACCGCGACCUGGACGACGACGUGGCGCCGUGCGACUCGGUCUCGCAGGUCAGCAGGGCGCGGACCGAGCGGUCGAGGAGGUCACAUCGCACCCGGAGACGUCGCAAAGAGGUGGAAGUGCCGGAGCGGAAGAGCAGCAAGAAGCAUGGAGAUGAUGACGGGGCCAGCGAGGCGGUGAGCGAGCGGAGUCAUCGCAGUCAGCGUAGCAGCAGGAGUCAGGCCCAACAGGAAGGCUCCACUGUGUCGCGCUCGUCGAAACACGCGUCGAGGACCGGGUUGAAGGCCAUUGAGGAGGGAGAGGUCGAGGGCGAGGCGGGCGGCGCCCCGGGCAAGCCGAAGGAGAAAAAGCGGGACAUGAUCAAGCAGCUUUUCAAGAUGAAGAAGGAUAAGGAGGCCCGGGAGAGGGCGGUUUCUGUCCUGGUGUGAUGGUUAUCCGUGUCCGGCGGAAUGGAGUUCACUGGGGAUCUGAACUUGACU